UGUAGCUUGUGCGCAUUCAUAUGAUGCGCGUUUGUAAUUACCAGCAGGCAGCAGCCCAUGAUCACCUAACCGGUUCUUGCAGACAGACGUGCCAUUAUUACCAAUCUUGGCAUUGCCGUAUCGAGAGAUUAAGAGGACUACAUUCGCCGCCAAUUGCAUAUUUUUCUCACUCUAAUUAAUAUUCUAAUAGUCUGAGAACGAUCACACAUUCCGAUUUAUCUUGAGAAAAUGCCGGCUAUGGGAGCGGUUAAAACCGCGCGAGGCAGCUCCUUAUCCAUGGGCGGAAAUACGCUGACACGAGAAUUCCUACUGAUUAUGCAGGAUAGCAGUUCUAAUCGACGGAAACGGUUUUUCCAGUUGCUGCUCGUUUUGGCUGUGCCUAUGGUCGUACUCAUUGUGCAAUGUACGCUGGUGAUAACCGCAGCAGUGCGAAGGAAAUCGGAAGCCACACAAACUGCGGCAACCAUAACUACCACUGUCCAAAUGGCCCAAAUUAUCACCUGCCUGCAGCGCGAAAGGGGAAUGACUAGCCUGUUCCUGAGCUCGAAGAGUCCAGAAACUUGGAAUAAUCUUGUUACCUUGCGAAAAUCAUCCGACGCGGCCGUUGGUGCACUCGAAAACUGGCCGGGAAAUCCCAACGACGGACCGAUAUUUGCCACGAUUACGGCAUUCAGGCUGUACGUGAACGAGAGCAGGGUCACACAGACAUCCCGGACCACAUCGUUUCAGGCGGUGACAUGGUUUAUUAAUACCAUUGCGGGAAUAAUUCAAUUGAUGAAUCGCAAUAUACGGCUUAGCGGUGACACCGGCGGCGUGAUGUGGAAAUAUCUCUUUGCGUACGAAUCGUUCGUAAACGCCAAGGAAAAUUUUGGUAUUCAGCGUGCGGUUGGAACUGCUUUCUUUGGUCGUGGCUACCAUGAACCGACUGAAAAGAAAUUAUUCUAUGAAAGCUAUAUGAAAUCCAAGACUAUCCUGGAUUUAUGUUUUGAUCAUUCCCCACGCAGCCAGAUUCUGUACGACAAUCUCUUAGCCGGUAACAAGGAGCUGCUGGCAUUUGUCGAUGCCGCCCGGAAACGCAUUAUGGAUGUGCCGGCAAUACCAGCUGACACUCAAGCCGGACUGGCUUGGUUUGGAAAUAUGACUGCUUUCAUUGAUGUGAUAAGUGCCAUCGAAACCGAUUUGACAACUGUCGUUCAAGAGCAACUUUCUACACAAGUCCGAACAGCACAGGCUGAAAUGACGGAAGCCAUUAUUUUCUUGGUUAUUGUUGCCGUUGUAUGUCCACCUUUAUGCUUGUGGUACUUUGUUUCGGUUAGCCAAAUCAACCGCACCAUCGGCAAAUCUGCCCGCGCCCUGGCCAAACAAACCACGGAAAUUUCUACUGAAAAACGGAAAGGCGAGAAACUUCUACACCGACUAUUACCGCCUAGCAUUGCUGAAGCACUAAAGCGAGGAGACCCAGUGACCGCCGAACAUUUCGAAACUACAACGAUAUACUUUUCCGAUAUUGUGGGCUUUACCAGCAUCUCGUCGCGCAGUACGCCGCUGCAAGUUGUUGAACUGCUGAAUAAACUGUAUACCGAAUUUGAUUCCGAACUGGACGCUCAUGAUGUGUACAAGGUGGAAACCAUUGGUGAUGCGUACAUGGUGGUCAGUGGUUUACCGCAGCGAAAUGGCAUUGCGCACGGCAGUGAAAUCGCUAUCCUCGCUCUCAGACUCCUUGAAAUUGUAUGCAAUUUUCGCAUUCCACAUCUGCCGUCGGAACGACUAGCUGUUCGUAUAGGUUUACAUACAGGUCCCGUUUUGGCCGGUGUAGUUGGUCGAAAAAUGCCCCGUUAUUGCCUAUUCGGCACAACAGUUGUUGAAGCUGAACAAAUGGAGCAAACUGGUUUGCCGCUCCGAAUCCACCUCAGUAAAGUCUGCAAAGUGUUACUGGAUAAAAUUGGAGGAUUUGAGUGCGCGAAGCGUGCGGAAUUUGAUGCUGCACAGCCAACUUAUUGGUUACUCGGCAAAGAAGGAGUUCAGUUCCAAUCAGUAACACCAGCGUCCAGUCCCGAUUACUGAUAGAGCACUGAAUGCGAGUCGCGUUCAUUGCCAGCCUGACAUGGCUAUACCUCUUGUGCAUAAAAUCACUCUUAAAUUAAUUUGUAGUUGCAUUAUCAUGAAUGUGCUCUGUAAACGUAUACUUAAUCUGCAAUCUCGUACGAGCUGUCCGAGUCCGCGUCGACCGGCGCCUUCUUCGCACGUCACGGAAGUGAACCGUUCACCGUACUGUCGAUAGCGGGACAAGCAUUUAUUUCUUCACGGUACUUACUGUGAUUAACCUUACAGUUUUACGUAGCAAAUGCCUGGAAUGUAGUGUACCAGCGCUUGCAGCUACAUACUUUAUUGUUAUUUCAAUUUGGGUGUAUGUUAUCGUGUUGGUGUUGUUGGUGCAGGCGUGUGCAGCUGCUGAUGGCGGCUCGGUUGCAUGCACGUGCCUCUGUGGACUGAUAAACAGCAUUAA